UCGACAGUAAAGUGAGGGAGAGAUCGAGUAUCAGAAAAAGCGAGGGAGAGACAGAGACAAGUAAGUAAAGAGUGUGAGGUUUUAUGUUGGGUCGUUGCGUUGCUCGGCCAUCCGAUCGAUACCAGCGCUGCGGAGUGACCCGAACACUCACGGCAACACCCGAGGCCAUUUUUGUGCACACGCUAUAGCUGGCAGGAAGAACGACGACCAUUAUCGUAAACCACUACAGCCACUAGACUGCAAACUACAACAACCUGGUUGAUGCUUCCUUCGUAAAACUGUACAGUCCGUCUACACUCCGCUGCAAGGUAUAAUACGAUCCGGGUUUAAGUGAAGCCAGUGUCGGUGUCUGUGUAUCUGGGUCUGGUGCUGGUGUGCUCGCUCGUGCGCUCUGGCUCGGACUCUGUCUCUUGGAACAGUACAAUCUCUGUUUCGUUAGUGCCGCUCUCCAUAAACGAACUUUUAUUAUACUUACGCGUCCAACGGGCGCGGCUUGGUGUCGCGAACUGGCGUUUUUAAUAUCAAAAUCAUGUCCUCUUUUGAUUAUUUGGAUUUGUGCCGACUGUGUCUUGUGAAGGAUCAAGUAUCCGUCCCGAUAUUUGAAGGAGACGGCGAUGCCAGACAAAUAUUCCACAAGAUAUCCUUCUGUCUGCCGGUCAAGGUGGACAGAGAAGACAAAUUGCCAAAAAAAAUAUGCGACGACUGUGCUUACAAAGUAGAACUCUGUUAUCAGUUCUACAAUACCACAGCCAAUGCCGAAAAGCAACUGCUGCAAUGGCUUGGAGAGGUUGGACUUGAAGACAAGCAGGAUUAUGAGCAAGAAGUCAUGAACUCGGAUAUGAUGAAGCAGGAACCGGACAACAGAAUAAAUGUGACAGUUUUGUCAUCGGAAGAACAAUCAAACAACAUGGAGAUAAAUAUGAUUGAUGGGAUGAGCCUGAGCUUGCCGAUCAUCAUGACAAAUCAACAGAUGCCCGCGGUGUCGAUGAGCUCGACGGAUAACUUGCAAAAUAUCCAGUCGGUAGCUGGUACCAGUGUCCAGACGACCCGGCGCAUGCAAAAAGACGGCGGGCAUGAGGAGAUUGAAGACACUGAAGAGGACGACAACUCCGAGGACGAGUGUGAUGUUGACGAGGGAAUGCAAGUCGUGAAAGAGGAGAGCGAAAAUUCGACGAGCGGCAGCAGGUCAAUGGAGCCGACGACUUUUGUUAACGUCGCGUUAUCAUGCAACGAAGCCGGACCCUCGGGUCUACAGCAGCAAAAACUCGGUGAAAUUUCAGAGAUGGGUAUCCAGCAAUCGUCUGAAGGCGAUACGAAAACUGGAUACGUCAAUAAAACUGCUACUGCUACGACAAGAGCGAGGAAUGAAGACGAUUCUGGGGAUCCACGGGGGUUUUUCAUCUUUGAAAAAGAGUCGGUGGUGAUGAGAAAGUGGCAAAUAUUGGAAUUCGAUGGGAAACCUUAUUAUGCAUUUGUACCUGAAAACGAGGAGCCGAUAAGUAUGGAGAACAUCCCGAGUAACGAUGAUGAGGCUGUCGAUGACGAUAAUGAUGGGAAUAAUAGUGACGAGAUUGAUUACAUUAUUCACCAGCAAGAGCAGGAUCAGCUGGAGCAGGAGCGAAGGAAUCAAAUUUCAAAGUUGGCGGGCCAGUGCAAGACUGAAGGUCCGAGCGAGGAAGAUGAGCACGAGUUGGUGUCUGUGGGAAACGAUGCCAGCUUUUAUGAUUAUCAGUAUGAUGUCGAUGCAAAUAUUAUAAAUAAUUCAGAUGAAAUUGAUGAGACUGAAAUGAAGCCAAUUUUAAUAAACGAUAUCUGUCGGACUGAUAACGGCAAGGAGCCGACCCGAGGCGAUUUGUAUCAAUUUAAAGUUGAGGGGAGCGUUGUAACGAUUGAAAAACUUGCUGAGAACGUGAUUUCCAUAAAGAAUGACGAUCAUGAUAACUACAAUGAUAAUGACAAUGACAACGACAAUGAAAAUGAUAAUGAUAAUGACGAAAGUUGUGACGUAGAUGAACAUCAUGAGGAGAUUCAAGUUGAAGAGGAAGUUGUUGAACCGGAAGAAAUUGAAAUGGACCAGGAGCACAUUUCGCAAAGUGAAUUUAUUGAAGCCGAGGAAGUGGGCGGAGAAGAGAGAAUCGAGGACGAGGAAGAGAUCGAUGGAGAAGAAGAGGUAGAGGGAGAUGGAGAUGGUGAUAGAGAUGAAGAUGGAGUUGGAGAUGUUAUGGGCCAAGUUGAAGAAGAGGAAGAGGAUGAGGAAGAACAAGUCCAAGAAGUGCCGCAAUAUAUUGAUGCGGACAGUAUAGAUUCGCAAGUAAUCGAGUACGCCAGUGAGAACGAAGAAGACGUAGACGAUGUUGAGCCCGUUAGAGAGAAAACUUCCGAAGCGCCUGAGGGUCCGGUGCCCGUGGCGAUCUCCACCAAGAGCCAAAGACAACCAAAGUAUCGAUCAAUUCUCCCCAAAGGUACGCCAGCACUAAAGUGCAAAGCUUGCGCCGAGACCUUUACUUCAGCGAUAGCCUUCCGGAAACACGUCGCCUGGACUCACAAAAAGAAAGUAUGCAUUCAAGAGGACGGCGCUUACAUUUGCGCGGUCUGCGACUACCGGACACUCAAAAAGAGUCUCUUUGCUGCCCAUUUAGAACGGAAGCACGAGACCUGGCCGAAAAAAGGCCCCAGCAAUUUGGAGUUUCCCUGUGUCGUGUGUGGGUUCAAGUGUCGCUCCAAGCACUCGCUCCAGUCUCACUUUAUCCGCAAGCACACCGACACCUACGAGCACCAAUGCAAGUUCUGCCCGAAGCAGUUCAAAGUAAAAGGGGAUCUAACGAACCACGUGCGUUUCCACCACAAAGAGAAGCCGAUAAACUGCGACGUCUGCGGUAAGCUCUGUCAGAACACCGGGUCCCUCUACGUUCACCAAAAGUGGGCUCACUACAAGCCAAAAUAUGAGUGUACUAUUUGCAAGCGCAGGAUGGUAACGCAAGAAAAUUUAGACCAGCACAUGGUGACGCAACACGAAAAACGUGAGAAAAUAGUGUGCGCAGAAUGCGGUAAAACGUUCACUAAAAAAGAUUCAUUUAAACGACACAUGGCUGUACAUACGGGUAGCAAACCGCACAACUGUCCUAUUUGCAACAAAGCCUUUGCUCGGCAGUCUCAAUUACGCCAGCAUGUACUUAUCCAUACGGGCAAACGUCCCUUUAAGUGUGAUAUAUGCGGCAAGGCGUUCACACAAAAGCCCGGGCUUAUUUGUCACCGCAAGACUCACCCCGGAUCCCAUCCUCCGCUUCCCGUCAUGCCUAUCGCCGACCUCGUUAAAGAAUUCACCGCCGAGUAUCUGAUGGAAAACGGGAACGCGAAUGACAUCAACGACGAGGUUGAGGCUAUCAGCGAUUGAUUAUCUUAUUUUGUAAAUUAUUUUUAAUAAAUAAAUUUAUUAAUCAAUCAACAAAUUAUCAAUUGUCAUUUUUUUUUCUGUCAAUUUAUUUUCGUAACGUGAGGUCGGUAGUUGUUGAGGCAAUACCUCACUCUGUUAAUGUUAAUCAAUUUUUAAUAAUAAAAUUAGUAAGUUAUUAAGAUGUGUAAUUCUAAUAAAUAUUUUUCUAAGCUAAAAUUUAUUGAUUAAGUAUUAAAGUAUACUAUGUACAGUUUAUGAGUUUAAUAAAUAUUUCACACCACCAAUAUAUCGUUUUAUAUAUUUUUGCUUCCUUAUUUAUGUCGUCUGAUGUGAGCUGAUAAACGCUGAGCUGAUAAAUUUUCGGGCAAAGUAAGCAAGUAAGUGUCUAUUAAAAUGAUGAUAAACUUGAUAAGAUAUAAGUUAUUGAUAUAAAUAUGUUUUAGAUAUAUAUUUGAGUUGGGAAAUUCACCCGAGCUUUAACUCUGAGUCACUGGAAUCAAUUGUCGGACAAUAAUUCAAGCUAAGUAAUGGCUUUUAGAUUUUCAAGUACUGAAGCAUUCGUAGGCAACAAUGCCGGCGUCGUAAUAAAUUUAAUGGCAUCCAGUCUGGAAAAGUAAUAAAGUCUUUUAUUCUGAAAAGAGUCUCCAAGUAACUGGAGCGUAUAAUUUUGUUGAAUUUAAUACGUCUUAAAUUAAUGUGUACUGCAAAUAAAAUUAUUAUUUAUUUUAUUUUCAAUAAUUAUUACUACUAUUAUUAUUAUUUUUUUUAUCACGUAAGUACUCGCAGAAUAUCAAGUCUCGAUAAA